AUGGCGGCAGCGGCGGCUGCAAGAGUUGUGUCUGUGGGCCCUGGUCUCCGGGGCAUGCAGCGGACACUACCUCUCGUAGUGAUUCUCGGGGCCACGGGCACCGGCAAAUCCACCCUGGCGUUACAGCUCGGCCAGCGGCUCGGUGGCGAGAUCGUCAGCGCUGACUCUAUGCAGGUUUAUGAAGGUCUCGACAUUAUCACCAAUAAGGUUUCUGCCCAAGAGCAGAGGCUGUGCCAGCACCACAUGAUCAGCUUUGUGGAUCCUCUCGUGACGAAUUACACAGUGGUGGACUUCAGGAACAAAGCAACUGCUCUGAUAUCCUUCAGGGAGGUAGCAGCUAGGCUUGAUAUAUUUGCCCGAGAUAAAAUUCCUAUUGUCGUGGGAGGGACCAAUUAUUACAUCGAAUCUCUGCUCUGGAAAGUUCUUGUCAAUGCUAAGCCCCAGGAGAUGGGCACUGAGAAAGUGAUCGACCGAAAAGUUGAGCUUGAAAGGGAGGACGGCCAUGUUCUCCACAAACGCCUGAGCCAGGUUGACCCGGAAAUGGCUGCCAAGCUGCACCCACAUGACAAGCGCAAAGUGGCCAGGAGCCUGCAAGUGUUUGAGGAAACGGGAAUCUCUCAUAGUGAAUUUCUUCAUCGUCAACAUGCGGAGGAAGGAGGUGGUCCCCUUGGAGGCCCUCUGAAGUUCCCUAACCCAUGCAUCCUCUGGCUUCAUGCGGAACAGACAGUUCUAGAUGAGCGCUUGGAUAAAAGGGUGGAUAACAUGCUUGCUGCUGGGCUCUUGGAUGAACUAAGAGAUUUUCACAAACGCUAUAAUGAGAAGAAAGUUGCAGAAAAUAGCCAGGACUAUCAACAUGGUAUCUUCCAAUCAAUUGGCUUCAAGGAAUUUCACGAGUACCUGAUCACUGAAGGAAAAUGCACACCAGAGAUUAGAAACGAGCUCCUAAAGAAAGGUAUUGAGGCUCUGAAACAAGUGACUAAGAGAUACGCCCGGAAACAAAACCGAUGGGUUAAAAACCGUUUUUUGAGCAGACCUGGUACCGGUGUCCCCCCAGUAUAUGGCUUAGAAGUAUCUGAUGUCUCGAAGUGGGAGGAGUCUGUUCUUGAACCUGCACUUGAAAUUGUGCGAAGUUUCAUCCAGGGCCACAAACCUGCAGCCACUCCAGUAAAGAUGCAAAGCAAUGAAACUGAGAACAAGAGAAGUUACCAUAUGUGUGAGCUCUGUGAUCGAAUCAUCAUUGGGGACCGUGAAUGGGCAGCACAUAUGAAAUCCAAAUCCCACUUGCACCAACUGAAGAAAAGAAGAAAGUUGGACUCCGAUGCCGUCACCACCGUAGAAAGUCAGAGUGUUUCUCCAGACCAUGACAAAGAGCUUAAAGAAAAGGGAUCCCUUGGGCAGAAUGAUAAAGAGCUGAAAGUCAGCAUGUAA